UAUGUCAAUAUACCCAAACAUCAAACAUAACCUCAAUAUAAAUAAACACAAACUUUACGUUUCUUUGCACCGUUUAAUUUUUCCGCGUACACAACUCAAAACAUUUGAGGUAUUUUAAUAUACCACAGAGUACAUUAUACUAUAGGACAAUAUACUUACGCACCCUAAGUAAUAAUUUUCCAAAUUGUCUGACUAGAUCCAAAGAUAUCCACAACGUCACAAACUUUACUUCUUUUGUUAAGAUAAAUGGUCACAUCCACAACACAACCUUGAUCAAUGAAUCUAUGCGACUGCUAAGUGGUAAUCCUAAUUAUACUGUCACGUGAAAGAAUGCACCUACGGGAUAGUAGUAUUUUGACGAUUCUAUAUUACCCACGCAGACGAAGUUGCGGGCAACAGCUAGUCUAAUAUAGAAGUACAAAACCCCGAAGUAUAAGGCCGGCUCCACACGUUGGUACCAACGCUCGUUCCAACGUUGGACUGCAAAGUCGGUCGGUCGGUUGAUUUAUAUUAGGCCGGGGCGUGCCGUGUACGUGGCUCGUACGGGGCACGGACGUGAAACGUGACAUACCGGCCGGACGGGCCACGGCCGGGCCGUGUCCGGGCUUUUACUUUAUAAAUCAUCCCUAAUCGUUUUUUUGCGACCCGGACGCUUGCUACUUUUGUGCUGUUUUAUUUGCGAUAUAGACGCUUGUGAUUUUUGUGCAUCAUGCCUAAACGGUGUGCAUUGGGAUGUUCAAACUGCUCCCUCUGAUAUAGUAAUUUCAACAAUUUUAACAUUCGCCAAGCCCGCUGAUUGACAUUAUAAGGAGCACCCUUUGGCUUUGAACCACUCCUACCAUAGAUUUCCGCACCCAGAAAGGAAUCCUGACCGUUUUAAGGCUUGGGUUCAUAUUGUUGGUGGGAAGUUCGAUAGUCCUGCUGAUUACGAACUGUAUCGGAAGAAGGUUAUUUGUGAUAUCCAUUUUACAGACAGAGAUAGAGUCCGUAACAACCGCUUGAAUUUUAUGGCCGUGCCCUCACUUCAUCUUCCUGGCCAGUCUGAUAAUGUUGGUUCUUCAGAGCAAGUUUUUCUUGCACCUGAACAUAUAAAUGAAGAAAGCAGCCUCACAAUAUUGAAACAAAUGCAAAUAGACAAGUUUGAUAAAGUUGGUUCUUCAGAGAGAGUUUUUCUUGUACCUGAACCUCUAAAUCAAGAAAGUAGCCAUGCUAUAUUAAAACCGUCACUCACAGAUAACUCUGCUAGACCGAUAUCAUCAGAACACAAUUAUUGCCAGAAGAAGGCAACAGAUAAAUACAAAAGACCACAGGGCCGGGUGUUUCCGUCAUUGUGGUUAAACAAGUUACGAACAGCAAGGAGGCAAAUUAAAACCUUGCAGUGUAAUUUAAUGAGAACAAAAAAGAAAAAUGAAAGCCUUCAAAUGAGACUGCCUUCGAAUCCAGAGUUGCGUGCAAAAUGGUUGAAAGCCGUCGGCCGCCCAAACUGGACAGUUCCCAGUUACGCUAGAGUAUGCAGUGUGCACUUUGAUCAGGAUCAAAUAAAUUAUGAUGGCCAUAGAGUAAGGCUUAAAGAUGAUGCUGUUCCUCUUAAUCUCUUGCCAUCAAAUUCUAAUUUUGAAGCUUCUGAUGUGGAAGCGUGCAGAAUCUGCUUGGCCACAGACAUCAAGUUGUACAGUCUACAGGGCACAUACCUGGCCACUUGUAUGCAAGCUCUAGUUGGAAUUUCUCGAAAAGGCUUGGGUAUAGAAGGCUUGCCACAAUUUGUCUGCUGCCUCUGCACACCAGCUCUAGUAAAAUGCAAGAAACUCAUAGAACAAUGCUCAAAAUCACAGAACAUACUUUUGGAUAUAUUUAACAAGCAUGGAGAGGUUAGCGAAAGGCUGAUCAAGGAACAAACCAGUACCCAAAAUAAGGCUAAAGAAAAUGAACAGUCAUUUGAAAAUAAUUACCUUAUUAAGAUCGAAACAGAAUCAAAACUCCUAAACAAUGAUUAUGAUGAUGAAGAUUUGUAUUUUGAAAAUGAUGAAGAUUCUAAUACAUAUAUUUACACACAGAUCGUUGAAUCUAAGGAAUAUAAGAUGGAAGAAAAUGAGGACGAUGAAAUAAGUGAUGUUCAUGAGACUGAAAAGACCACUGUUUGUGAAGACACGGUUAACAGCAGUACUGAUAAAGAUUCAAGUUUAAACAGACGGGAUGACAAACCGAGCACCAAGUCUACCCAAGUUAUAAGUCCUGGCAACAUCUGCAGGCGAUGUGGUGAGGAGUUCUCAUCAUUCAGAGACAUGAUGAGUCACAUGAAGGCGCAGCACCCGCGUCCCAGGCUGCAGCACCCGUGGAGGGGAGAUAAGCCCUAUCCUUUGCCUUGUGAAAUUUGUGCAGAAAUAAUGACGGGUCGCAAGAAGCACUGGCUGCACUUUCUGCGACAGCAUCCGAAGCACGUGAACACAUACCACGCGGUCAUUGCGGCCGUCUGUGAUACUUGCGGGAAAGGAUUUCAGAAUUCAACAAAACUCCGCGUCCAUCAAAUGCGUCACCGCAGCCCGACGCUGCAAUGUGAGAGUUGUCCGCGCCUCUUCUACGACAAGUACAAGUUGGCGCGUCACGCUCGCGUGCACAGCGCGGACAAACCGCACGUCUGUCGCACGUGUGGGAGGGCCUUUAAGCAGCAGAGUAACUUGGAUAGGCACUAUAAGGUUCAUACAGACGUAGCUUCGUAUAAAUGUACAAUUUGUAACAAAGCCUUUAAAUACUCGUCGAGCAGAAACCUGCAUAUUCGCACCGUGCACCAAAAUGUGAGUCACCCAACUAGGAAGAAAAGAAACAAAUCCACAAAUGAUGAUGAUGAUGAUGCUGAUGAGGCGUAAAAAAUAUGAAAAAUCUAUAUAUAUGCCUUUUAUUUAUGUUAACGUCUAUCUAUACUAAUAAUAGCAUAUGUAUUUACUAGUUAAUGUGUGCAAAAUGUUGAUGUUGUUUUAUGGGAUAAGGGCAGGAGGAUGAUGAUGUUUUAUAUGUAUAACUUCCUGUUACUUUUUUAUACAUAAUUAUGUAGUAUCGUUUGUUUUCCCAAAUAUAAUAAAAUAAGAGAAUACAGAGUAAACAUUU